AUGGACCGCGCACAAGAGGUCCGUCUGCUGAGCGCCUUUGGUGCUAGGCUCAAUAAGACCGCGACAACAAAGGCAUGUCAUGGUCUUUCAACUGUGAUCAUGGGCUAUACCAUCUCUAAAGACAACACUGCGGGCGAUUCAUACCGAAACGACUGUAUUCUUAAGGAAUGGGGCCAGAAACGGGAGCGGCAUGACCCUCAGCAGCAAUCUCGCAUGCGGCCAACCCAGCAGCAGGAGAGUCUUUGGCCUGGCAUCCAGUUGCAGGCGGAUAUCCCCAAGACCUGGCAGUCGUCACAAAUCGACACUUCUCGAUCAACCGCUACCUCGACAGUUUGUGAGACGUGCGGUCAACGGUUCGGCAACGCAAAAAAGAUGCUGCGGCAUCGGCAAGAGGUUCACUGUGAUCUUCUCAGCCCUCAGUAUAUUUGCAAGUGCUCACACCAGACUGCACGCAAGGACAACUACAUCCGGCACCUGCGAGUAUCUUGCAAGAUGAAACUCGAACCUGGUCUUUUAUUUCUUUGCAAAUGCCAGGAAACCUUUGAACUCUAUGACGACCAUUUGGCUCAUGUCAAAAUCUGCGGGAGGAUUCUUCCCCGCCAGAGGACUAUUUCUACACGGGCGGCUGCUUCGACGCUCGCUACUUCAUUACCACAGAUUCCAGGAGGAUAG